AUUAACCUCAAAUUUUACCGCUGCUUACUUGUUUGUGUGUCAAUUUAUGUUUAUUUUAUACAAGAAGAAUUAUUUUCUUGUCGUAAAUGAAAUCAUAAUUUGAGAAUAAACAGCUAAAAUGACUACAAAUCCUAGAAAGGGCACUGACCAAGCGCCAAUGGAAGAAAGCGACCAACUUACUAUACGACCUUUAGGUGCUGGCCAGGAAGUAGGAAGAUCAUGUAUCAUGUUAGAAUUCAAAGGAAAAAAGAUUAUGUUGGACUGUGGUAUCCAUCCUGGGCUAUCGGGAAUGGAUGCUCUGCCGUUUGUGGAUUUGAUUGAAGCUGAUGAAGUUGACUUGCUUCUGAUAUCACAUUUCCACUUGGACCACAGCGGCGCCCUCCCCUGGUUCCUAACAAAGACCUCUUUCAAAGGCAGAGUGUUCAUGACACACGCUACAAAAGCCAUUUACAGGUGGCUGGUCUCCGAUUAUAUCAAAGUCAGCAACAUAUCAACGGAACAGAUGUUGUACACGGAGUCUGACUUGGAGGGUUCCAUGGACCGCAUAGAGACGAUCAACUUCCAUGAGGAGAAGGAUGUGCGCGGUGUUCGCUUCUGGGCCUACAACGCGGGUCAUGUGCUCGGUGCAGCCAUGUUCAUGAUCGAGAUAGCUGGAGUCAAGGUUUUAUAUACCGGAGACUUUUCAAGACAAGAAGAUCGUCAUCUAAUGGCUGCCGAGAUUCCCACAGUACAUCCAGAUGUGCUCAUUACAGAGUCUACAUACGGCACUCACAUACACGAGAAGCGUGAGGAGCGCGAGAGCAGGUUCACGGGGCUGGUGAAUGACAUCGUGACACGUGGCGGUCGCUGUCUCAUUCCUGUGUUCGCACUCGGCCGGGCGCAGGAGUUGCUGCUCAUACUCGAUGAGUACUGGUCUCUGCACCCCGAGCUGCAGGACAUCCCCAUCUACUAUGCAUCCUCGUUGGCCAAGAAGUGCAUGGCGGUGUACCAGACCUACGUCAACGCCAUGAAUGACCGCAUCCGCAGGCAGAUCGCUGUCAACAACCCCUUCGUCUUCCGACACAUCUCCAACCUCAAGGGUAUUGACCACUUCGAGGACAUCGGGCCGUGUGUGAUCAUGGCGUCGCCGGGCAUGAUGCAGUCGGGGCUCUCGCGCGAGCUCUUCGAGUCCUGGUGCACCGACCCCAAGAACGGUGUCAUCAUUGCAGGGUACUGCGUGGAGGGCACUUUGGCGAAGACGAUCCUGUCGGAGCCGGAGGAGAUCACCACCAUGUCGGGCCAGAAGCUGCCGCUCAAGAUGUCCGUCGACUACAUCUCCUUCUCCGCGCACACCGACUACCAGCAGACCUCCGAGUUCAUCAACAUACUGAAGCCGCCUCACGUCGUUCUGGUGCACGGGGAGCAGAACGAGAUGUCGCGGCUGCGCGGCGCCCUGCAGCGCGAGCACCGCGGACGUCUGCUGGUGCACACCCCGCGCAACACUCAGCUCCUCUCGCUCGCCUUCCGCGGAGACAGGACCGCCAAGGUGAUCGGGUCGCUGGCCAUGGAGCCGCCUGUGCCGGGCCGGCCGCUGCAGGGAGUGCUCGUCAAACGCAACUUCAACUACCACAUCCUCGCGCCCGCCGACCUCAACAGUGAGCUCCUCCACCAGCUGUAUAUCUGCGCCGCUCUCCUCAUACAAUGCGAUGUAAUGUUCUCACCUCGCGCAGAGUACACCGAGCUGACGCAGUCGGAGGUGACGCAGCGGCAGUCCAUACACUUCGGCGGCACGCCCGCGCUGCUGCGUCACGCCGUGCUGCAGCUCGCAGGACACGUCGACUUCAUCAGCGACACGCGCUGGCGUCUCUACGGCUGUCUCGACCUCACCCUCGACCCGCCCGUCGUCACGCUGGAGUGGCAGGCUCAGCCGGUGACGGACAUGUACGCGGACGCGGUGGCGGCUGCAGUGCUGGCGGCGGCCGCUCUGCCCGCGCCGCGCCUCGCACCUCUCGCACCUAAACUAGACCGCAUGCACUUCAAGGAGUGCGCGAUAGAGAUGCUGCAGGAGAUGUUCGGCGAGGACGCGGUGCCCAAGAUGUUCAAGGGCGACAAGCUGCAGCUAACUGUCGCCGGCAAACACGUCGACAUCGACCUUCUCACGCUCGAGGCGCAGUGCAGCGGCGACGCGGCGCUGGAGCGCACUGCGGCUGCGGCCGUCGCUCGUCUGCACGCAGCCCUCGCCCCGCCCCGCGCACCCGCCCCCGCCCCGCCCCCCACUGACACAUAGCGCAAGCCCCGCCCACAUCUAACAUCUGCCACGCCCAUGAGCUACAUUUCACGUUAUUUUCCAUAGUAUAUUAAAGAUGCAUUG